AUGUCUCAUCAGAACCCAGGGAUAAUUCGAAUGGUAGCUGGAGGCACUUUUUACUCCAGGAAAUCCAGCAGCAUCUACACGAGCUUGGGAUGUCGGCAGUCCGUUCGGGGGCAGCAUAAGAAAACGCAACAUGCCUGCAAAGCCCAUACACUUUGCCUCGAAAGCAGAGAGGCUUAUACAGCAUCACCUGAAGGAAGACGAACUUGCUCAUCAACAUCCCACGUCGGCAACCCGUCUUCCUUUACUCUCAGGAGAGCACGGGGAGAGGAACGAAAAGCGGGAAUACUAAAACUCAGGGGGCCCGACCAAGAUCGAGGCAAGCGAUUUUCAGGGGCUCAACCAGAUCACGAGAUGUCACUAGCCCUAACUAGGUAA